UCCCCAAAGAAUGUCGGUUAUGGAAGCUCGAGGAAAGGAAGUCGGCUGUUCUCCAACAAAGUGAAGUGCGAAAGGAAAUAACUAGGAAGGAGGGGGAAGACGCAAACAGAUCUUCUCGGAGGGACUUCCCUAACUCCCUUCAUGGCCGGAAGUAGGAAGGCUUGCGACCGCGGCGAUCCUAAGGCCGUCGGCUGUCUGUCUGCAAUCUUUCGUCUUCUUCACGGCCGCAUCCAUGGACGACGCAAAAGGCUUACACAAGCCGGAAAGACUGAGCAGAGUUGCACUCACCGUGAAGAGUUCGAAGAGGUGGCCACUAAUGCCCAUUCCACACGCAAUGCUGAUCAGAAUCAGAAGAAGACCGUUCCACGACAAUCAGAACCUAAAUUGAUGUUGGCAUCGUCAGAUGAUUCCUGCAAAAGUAUAAACUUUGAUGGCUCUCAAAGCACGAUGCUCACAGCAGAGCAUAUUAACCAGCAAGCUUUAGAAGCUGCGGGGGUCCCGUCGGAGGAGCAGAGCCGACGACCCAGUGUGGUGGCCAGGUUGAUGGGCCUCGAGGAUUUUCCUGUAAAACAGCUGGCCGGCCGGACGGAAAAUGCGUCGGAGAUGCGUGACUUGAUCCUGGGUGCGCUGCAGAAGUGCGAUGAGGAAGUCCGCGCACUGAGAAGAAUAAUCGAAGUGCUUCAAUCGGUGGAGAGACACGACUACAGACUGGUAGCACCUUCUCGUGUGGUCGCUGCACAUACCGACUCUGGACGGUUUGUUGGUAGGAGGAGAGGGCAACGGGAGAAGUACGUUCCUAUGGACUUAAAAGUCAAGCCCGAAAUUCAGAGUCCGAUGAAAUGUACGCAGUUCAAUUGCGAGCAACCAAGCCCUGUGUCCGUCCUGGAUGAUCGGUCCUCCUUCCAUUGCCAAGGACGCAUGCCAACCAAAGGAUAUUGGCGCAAAUAUGACAAAGAACAACGCCCAGAUGUCAACAAUGUAAUUAGCAGAAGCAAUUCAAUGAACGGGAAAGGAUCAUAUCAAUGCCAUAAUCUCAUCAGAGAUGCCUAUGCUAAACCUUUUGGAGGGGCCACAAUUAGUGGAGCGAGCAUUAAGCUGACGAGUACUCAUGAUGUUGGGGCUGAUCUUGAGGGUGUUGAAGGCAGUGCCGGGAAGGAGAGCUUCAUCUUGGAGUUGGAAAGGAUAGCCUUGGCUUUGGAAACAGAAAUAUUCGGCUCAUUAUUGGAAGAGAGCAUUAGUGAAUUGGGUUUUGCAUGUAGGAGGCCUUCAUUGCGCUUCUUUAGGUGUAGGAGGCGACUGUUUAGGUGAGCAAUUGUCCGCAAGUUAGAAGCUGGGGAGCCUUGAGCUUUUAAAAAGGUUGUAGGAUACUUUGGCCACUCUUCUUAUUGCAUGCAUGUUUGAUCGA